AUUUGAACACAUAGAUAUUGGUAUAAAGAGGCACCGAAUACAUAUGCACCACAAAAAUCUCAUUUGAUUUGUGUGAGAGCUGUGAUACUGCCCGGGUGCCCAAAUCGAAGCAGGUGGUUUUCUUAGGGGGCCACACACGGAACCUUCGACCUAAAGUUCUGAUCUACAAAGCAGUGGAGCAACGGUAGGAGAUGCAGUCCUAUUGUAGCCGGUGACCAACAAUUCGUUCUUACACCAUUUGUUCCUUCAGGAUCCAUGAAGCCCACGUGCACCAUUGGUUCGGAAUCAGAGUUUUUCAGCUCCCCUAGGUGGACUCUCCGUCUCCACUAACCCGGUUAAAGUGCCAGACAAUCGCUUUUCGUCCUCUCAGUUUCGUAAACAACACCCCUACCGCGAGAAGGCGAUGAGUAGGACUUCCCUGGCAGAGGCUAUAUACGCGUGGCCAUGUGAGAACAUUUCGAGUGGGAGAACGGACUCUCCUCACUCUCGGCCGUACCAGGGCAUUUAGGGGCUUAUUACUUCAUAACCAUUAUCGUGGUGCAUUUCGUAACACCCUAUUCUACCAAUCAAUCUACCAAUGUCUUAAACAUACUGAAACUACUCUGUAUUUUAACUAAUAGUAUUUAGUAAAUUAUCAAGUAGGACGUUUUUGAUGUAUUCUUUCUUCUAUCAUUGCCAAAGAAAUGCUUUAUCCCAGAGCUUAUAAAUAAGAGCGUGAGUAAAAUAUUUAUUCGUUUGUUAGUAGAAAUUAAUAAGCGUGUUAUAUAAAUAAUUUUUUAUUCACUUGUAUUGUGUUAAGUGAUUCUCUGAAGAUGGUAUUUUGUAUCACAAUUUAACACUAGCUGAAGAAACAUUUUUAUCAUCACUUCUGUAGUUACGUAUACCUCCAAAAUUAAGUGGGGAAAUUGCAAAAGCAUCUUACCUAAUUAGAGCUUUAGAAUCACCCUCAGGUUUCAAGCUACAUAGAUUAUGUACUGGCUACUAACAAUAAAUACCUGACCUGUCCUAUGAUCUAAUACUGUUAUUGUUAUUUUCAAGUUUCCUGAUAUACCAAAGGCGAUGGAGUAGUGCAUGCAUCUAUUGUUGUUCAGAGUCUUAUUUUAUAUAUAUGCCCUCCACCUCUUUAUUGUCUCAUCAAGAGUUUUUGGAGGGGCGACUCUGUGAUCAUGAUGUUCGACUUUCAGCUGUUGUGUUUGAGAUUCAAAACUCGUUUCAUUUUCUACGGUUAGGGUAACCAGAUAGUAUCAUUGGCCGUCAUACUUAAAGUGUGGCUUGAAGCCAAGUUCACGAAUCAGUAAAAUGAAUUAUAAUGUACCGCCCACUUGUCGAUAUUGUAACCUGUGUGUUGCCUGAACUACUGAAUCACAUCUUUUCGAUAAAGCUAAACCCGUCGUAUGAUAAUGCAAAUUUUAACCUAAUGUAGAAACGUUCAUAUGGUGCACAAUUUAUUCAUCGCUCUAUGUGGAUCAAAGUGAUUGCUUGGAUUGUUUGAUCGUUCAGUUUAUAUCUAUUUAGUAUCUAAUUUUGAUGUCGCUACAGCCAACUUACUUUAAGAUUACUAUUCAGUAUUUACCCUACAUUCACUUUGUAUUUAUUUCCAGCCCAUUUUCUGUAUUUAUGCUCAUGACUCGCCAUUGAUUCUACGAAAUAAUUACGUGCUUUUAAUAAUUUAGGACGUAUACACUAUCUCGGUGAAGUGGAUCAUGGAGAUACUGUGACUGAUUACUUACCAGAAGAACGUGAACGUGGUAUAAGCAUUGUUACUGCAUCAGCUUCUCUGUCUUGGAGAAAUCAUAUAAUUCACUUGUUGGAUACUCCAGGACAUGUAGACUUCACAUUUGAAGUUGAACGAAGUCUAACUGUUUUAGAUAGUGUUGCCGUUAUAUUGGAUGCGGUCAAAGGUGUUCAACCUCAGACACAUACUGUGUGUCGCCAGGCCCAUCGUUACUGUCUUCCAUGUCUAAUCUAUAUCAAUAAAAUGGACCGCCCAAUGGCUAACGUCGAUCUCUGCUUACGCAGUUUAUCUAAACAGCUGCCUACAAAAGCACAUUAUAUGCCUAUUCAUUGGCCAGUAUUUUCUCAUAGUCUUAAUACAGAUAACACAUCAUCAUUAAUUAAUGCUUCGAAUACGUCUACUUCGCUUUCUAAUAAAUAUAUUAAAAACAAUGGUACCAGUCAAUUUGUUGGACUUGUAGAUUUGACUACGAUGCAAUUAAAAAAUUGGAUUUCAUGUAACCGUCCUGAUGAUGUUUAUACAUCAUCUGAUUUAUUCGAAGGUAUCAAUACAGCUACUGUACCACAUUGCUCUCAUCUACCGAAAUCGAAAUCUUCCAUUAAAAACACUCUGAACCCAAGUGGAAUUCAAGAGGCACUAAGUGCUCGUAUGCAGCUACUAAGUACAUUGGCCGAUAUCGAUGACGAAUUUGCAGACAAAUUCUUGCAACUCGAUCGUCCAGAUUUAUUGGUUCCUUCAGAUAUUGUUCAUAAAAGUUUAAAAAAGGCAAUUCUUUCCUUCCAAGUCAUACCAGUGUUAGUUGGUAGUAGUCGAAAUAACAUCGGAAUUCAGCCUUUAUUGGAUUUUAUUGUUGAUUACCUACCAGAUCCUAGUCAUUCCAAUAUUCCAAUCUCUAUUUUAAAGGUUUAUAAAUCGUUGAAAUCUACAUUACCGAAUCCAAGUGAUCUUUUGAAAGCCUCUAGAGACUUAGAUAAUCGUCGCAGUAUUCUAUCAUCGAAUUUCCCAAUCAUGCUUGUAUUCAGGAUAUGUUUUGAUCCACAUCGUGGUCCGCUUACCUUAGUACGCAUAUAUUCCGGUGUAAUUACACCUGGUUCUCAAAUUGCUAAUUGGUCCCGAUAUAAAGAUAUACAUUUACCAGAGAAAAUCUUAAAUGUAUUUCAACUAAAUGGAGAUUCGUUAGAAGUAGUUAACAGUGCUGGACCUGGUAGUAUUAUUGCUUUAAGUGGACUUCAGUCAACGUACACAGGCGAUGUUUUAGGUCCUGUCUUGAAUUCGACUAAAAGUAGACAAGUAGAGAAUUCCAAUGGUACUGAAUUAAAUGAUACUGAAGAAAUAUUUGACAAUGGACCAGAAUCACCUUCCGUAUUUCAAGUAUCCGAACCUGUUGUAUACGCUGCGGUUGAACCUGGUAGUCGAUCCGAAAUAAAUGCACUUGAACAUGCUCUCAAUUGUAUGCAACGUGAAGAUCCGAGCUUUCAUGUGAAGUUUGAUGAGGAAACUGGACAAUGGAUAAUUUCUGGAAUGGGUGACUUACACUUGGAUGUUGUACUUUCAAGGCUGAAACGUGAAUACAAAGUUAAUGUUCGAAUGGGACCACUUUUGGUCGCUUACAAAGAAUGUCCACCACAAGAUGCUUCCAGUUCAAGUGGAUGGAGUUUUGUGGUUGGAUAUAUAAAUGGUAGUGAAAAAGCUGUUGCAAUAGGAGUGAUACUUCAACCUAAAACUAUUCAUCCACUUCACAAACCUCAGGUCAUUUUUGACCGACUUGUAGAUCAUAACAUCGUUCGUGUACGUCAUGCCAUCACCGAAGCCUGUUUGUCUGCCUUAGAGGUUAGUGGACCUAUUCUUCGUUCCCCUAUUAUUGGAGUAGAUAUUCACAUUAGUAAUAUUGUAUGUGGCCGUGUAGAACAAAUUUCAAAUGACUCGGGAUGUAUCAAUGGUCUUGGUGACUUGACUUUAGAUAAAUUAUCCAAUGCUCAGCUUUCUUCACCAUCCCUUUUAGCUUUGUUAAAAACUUGUUGCAUAAGUAGUGUAAAAAAUGCGGUAGCCAAAAUACCUAACUGGCAUAUUAUGGAGCCGAUGAUGGAAAUCGAACUUCAACUGCCUUCUCUAAAAGGUUAUGAUUCAGAAUUAUCAGCCUUUCUAUGUGACUUAACGAAUAGGCGCGCAGAAAUAAUAUCAGUGGACAACGCAGAAACCAGUGCAAACAGUAAAGACGAUAGCAGAAUGGGAGCUGAAAAAUAUCACCGUAUACGUGCAAUAGCACCGUUAUCUGAAUUAGCUAACUACUCCGCUACUAUCAGACGUCUUUCGUCAGGACGAGCUGAAUUGAGUCUCCGGUUGGCUAAUUAUUACCCUGUUAGCUCAGAGCACCAAGCAAAACUAUUAGAUCAAUUCAGAUUCAGUCGUUCUGGAAGCACCGUGCAUUAAGAAAAUAUCACAACAUCGUUAGCCAGCUGAUAAUUACCACUACCUGUGUAUGAUAAAUUUUUAAAAUAUAUAUAUAUAUAUAUAUAUGAUGCAGACGU